GCAUUAUUACACCUUAAACACAAAUAGCAAAAAAAAUUAAUUGUCCUCUCCUCUCAAUUAUACAGCCGCCGCACCAUUAAUGGAAGCUCAAGAAUUCAUGGAGCUAUUCGAUUCAUACUGGUUCGAAGCUGAAAUCUUCAAGAAACAAUUAAAUUCAUCAAAAUCAUCAGAUUUUGAUGAAAACCAAGCUCAUCAAUUACAAGAAACGCCUCAAAAACCAGAGAUUUACAGAGCUCCGUCAAUUCUUUCAAGGUCGAUGAGUGAUAUAGUCGAGACUAAAACCAGCUUCACCUCUGGUUUUUCUCUGUCGCCGGACUCGGUUCUUCAUUCGGAAAAGCUUCAAACAAUCCUCUCCGGCAAAGAAAUUUCCGAACAAGAAGAAGGAGUUGAAAGUUCAGUUGCUGAGUUUCGAACGGAGCCUGUGAAAAAAUCAAGAAACUACAGGAGAAAAUUCGGGAGAAAAACUCUGAGUAAAAGCUUAUCAGAAUUAGAAUUUGAAGAGCUGCAAGGGUUUAUGGAUUUAGGGUUUGUUUUUUCUGAAGAAGAUAAUAAAGAUUCAGAGUUGGUUUCUAUAAUUCCAGGGUUACAGAGAUUUGGACGAAAAGAUCAAGCUAUAAUGGAAGAAACUGGAGUUUCAAGAAGGCCUUAUCUGUCUGAAGCAUGGAAAGUUCUAGAAGAACCGCCAUUGAUGAACUUGAGAAUUACUGGUUUGAGCAAUGAGAUUGACAUGAAAGAUAAGCUUAAAUUGUGGGCUCAUUCUGUUGCAUCCACUGUUAGAUAACAAAAAUAAAAAUUCAGAUUCAUGGUUUUUUUUUUUUACUUUUUAGAUGAAUUUUGUACUUAAGAUUUUUUUUUUCUUGUGGGAAUUUUAUCUACUACUUGUAAAAUGUAAAUAAAAUAAAAAUAGUAGAUUGUUUGAUUCUCA